AUUCCCACUUAUAAAUAAUUUCUUUGACUAUAAUUCGUUGGCAUGGCAUUUUCAUUUGAAUUCAGUUAUAUUUUAGAACUCGAAGUGUUAAAACUCGUUUCCGAUUAGCGACUCUACCGAAAAGGAUUUAAAUACUUGCUACCAAUACAUACAUAUAUGUUGAAAGCUAUCGGUGGAUCAUAAUGACAUUUUUUUCUUUAAGAUUUGUCAAAAUUCUUUUAAUACAUUUUAAUUUGAUUUUGCAACAAAAAAUUACGCUUGUCUCAUCACAAACCAGUCAAAAUAUAAAUGUUUUGUUCAUCAAUGAACUCGACAAUGAUGCUGCUUCAAAAGCCAUUGACAUUGUUCAAACGUAUCUAAAGAAAAAUUCCAACUAUGGCUUAUCCUUGCAAAUUGACAAAAUCGAAGCAAAUAAGACAGAUGCCAAGGCUUUGCUGGAAUCAAUUUGUUUAAAAUAUGCGGACAGCAUUGAAAACAAUCAACCACCCCAUGUGAUUUUUGAUACAACUAAAUCGGGUGUGGCAUCCGAGACGGUCAAAUCUUUUGCACAGGCUUUAGGCUUGCCUACCGUAAGUGCUUCUUAUGGUCAAGAGGGCGAUCUAAGGCAAUGGCGGGAUAUGGAAGAGAUUAAACAAAAGUACCUGUUGCAAGUUAUACCACCAGCCGAUAUUAUCCCAGAGGUUGUCCGCAGCAUUGUGCGUAAAAUGAAUAUCACGAAUGCCGCCAUUUUGUACGAUGAGACAUUUGUGAUGGAUCACAAAUAUAAAUCGCUCCUCCAGAAUAUACAGACUAGACAUGUUAUCACAGCUGUAGCGGAUGGUGAUAGUGCACGAGCAGAUCAAAUCGAACGUUUGCGGAAUUUGGAUAUAAAUAACUUUUUUAUUUUGGGCAGUUUAAAAACUAUUGGUCAAGUACUAGAAUCUGUGAAGCCAGCGUUUUUCGAGCGAAAUUUUGCCUGGCAUGCCAUUACUCAAAAUGAAGGAGAGGUCAGUAGCAAACGAGACAAUGCGACCAUUAUGUUCCUAAAACCCGUAGUGUAUCCACAAAACCGAGAACGAUUGGGACAACUUAGGACUACCUACAAUUUGAAUGAGGAGCCUCAGAUUAUGUCUGUCUUUUAUUUCGAUUUGGCUUUAAGGACUUUUUUGGCCGUCAAAGAAAUGUUGCAGUCUGGAGCUUGGCCUGCCAAUAUGGAAUAUUUAGGUUGCGACGAUUUCCAAGGAGGAAACACACCUGAAAGGAAUAUUGAUCUGAGGCAGGCAUUCAUACAGGUUACCGAACCCACUUCGUAUGGUGAUUUUGAAUUGGUCACGCAACCAGGGAAACCCUUCAAUGGCUACAGCUAUUCAAAGUUUGAAAUGGAUAUAAACGUCGUACAGAUUCGUGGUGGCACUUCGGUGAAUAGCAAAUCUAUUGGCAGUUGGACUGCUGGUUUGGAUUCGCCGCUAGUAGUGAAGGAUGAAGAAGCUAUGAAGAAUUUAACAGCAGAUACAGUCUAUCGAAUUUUCACUGUGGUGCAAGCUCCUUUUAUAAUGAGGGAUGAAACUGCUCCAAAGGGGUACAAAGGAUAUUGUAUUGAUCUGAUCGAUGAAAUUGCAAAUAUCGUACAUUUCGACUACACAAUUGAAGAAGUUGAAGAUGGUAAAUUUGGAAAUAUGGAUGAAAAAGGCGAAUGGAAUGGCAUUGUGAAGAAACUAAUAGACAAGAAGGCGGAUAUAGGUCUGGGUUCAAUGUCUGUCAUGGCGGAACGAGAAAUUGUUAUCGACUUCACGGUGCCUUACUAUGAUUUGGUGGGAAUCACCAUUAUGAUGCAAAGGCCAAGUACGCCUAGUUCGCUCUUCAAGUUCUUGACCGUGCUGGAGACCAACGUAUGGCUGUGUAUAUUGGCUGCGUAUUUCUUUACGAGUUUUUUGAUGUGGGUCUUUGAUCGCUGGAGCCCCUACAGUUAUCAAAAUAAUAGAGAAAAAUAUAAGGACGACGAUGAGAAACGAGAAUUUAACCUAAAGGAAUGCCUUUGGUUUUGUAUGACUUCACUAACCCCUCAAGGUGGUGGUGAAGCACCCAAAAAUCUAUCUGGACGUUUGGUGGCUGCAACAUGGUGGUUAUUUGGUUUCAUUAUAAUCGCUUCAUACACCGCCAAUUUGGCUGCCUUUUUGACCGUAUCCCGUUUAGAUACACCCGUUGAGUCCUUGGAUGAUUUAGCGAAACAAUACAAAAUUUUGUAUGCCCCCCUUAACGGCUCUUCAGCUAUGGUCUACUUCGAACGCAUGGCUAAUAUUGAGCAAAUGUUUUAUGAGAUUUGGAAGGAUCUGUCUUUGAAUGAUUCUUUAUCGCCUCUGGAAAGAUCAAAGUUAGCUGUGUGGGAUUAUCCAGUCAGUGAUAAGUACACUAAAAUGUGGCAAGCCAUGCAGGAAGCACAGUUGCCGGCCACUUUAGAUGAGGCGGUGGCACGUGUUCGAAAUUCUACCACAGCUACGGGAUUUGCUUUUCUAGGGGACGCCACGGAUAUUCGUUAUCUUGUGAUGACCAAUUGUGAUCUUCAAGUGGUUGGAGAGGAGUUUUCAAGAAAGCCGUACGCCAUAGCCGUGCAACAAGGCUCCCAUCUCAAAGAUCAGUUUAAUAAUGCCAUUUUAACAUUGCUUAACAAACGACAGUUGGAAAAACUCAAGGAGAAAUGGUGGAAGAACGAUGAGGCACAGGCCAAAUGUGACAAGCCCGAAGACCAGUCCGAUGGUAUUUCUAUUGAGAACAUCGGUGGUGUAUUCAUAGUUAUUUUCGUCGGCAUUGGAAUGGCGUGCAUUACUCUGGUCUUUGAGUACUGGUGGUACAAAUACCGCAAAAAUCCCCGAAUUAUAGACGUGGCCGAAGCAACAUCUACGCCACCUGGAAAGGAUGUGAAAUUGGCCGAGGGAAUUAUUCUUGGCCAAACAGGCAAGGAAUAUGAGAAAGCCAAUGCUGCAUUGCGCCCACGGUUCAAUCAGUACCCCCAAAAUUUUAAACCAAGGUUUUAAAUAUGGACCCUCAGCGUCUUUGAGAAAUGUUUAUUGAAAUGAAUGUAAUUUCCUUAAUGUUUGUUGUUUUAAUCUUUAACAUGGCACAGAAAAAUAUUAAGUUCAAUAAAAGU